AUGGAUCCCAUCACCAGCGGUUUGACCAUUCUUCAACUCGUUAAAACGAUAGCGCAAGCUUCAGCUCUUUUGUAUGGAUAUGUUGCUUCCGUCCGCGACGCUGAUUCGUCCUGCCAGAGUCUGCUUGAUGAGCUUAGUUCAAUCCUUGGAGUCCUGACCACAGUCAUGGAGAUCGAGAAAGAUCCCUCUCUUCCAGAUAAUCUCCGCCAUGUACUUUCAAAACUGAUGGCCGAAAAUGGACCAGUCACGAAGUUACAGGGAGAACUGAAGAACCUUCUACCAAACGAGCAGGAGAGCAGGAAAAUGGGCACAAUAUCCAAAUUGAUGUGGCCAUGCAAGGAAAAGAAAGCAGCAGCGAUUACUGAGAGAUUCAAAGGCUUUUAUCGUGAUAUCACAACAGUUCUAGCAAUAGACUCGCGGAACACAAUGAACAAUAUCAGCAAAGGAGUUCAGGAAUUAAGAGAGAAUUCUGAUGUACAAAUGUGGCGCAAGAUCGACAAUGAGCGUCGAAAGUUACUUGAAUGGAUGAACCCUGUCCCUUGUACUGAAAAGCACGAUGCCUGCCAUCGUCAGCGCAACCCCGAGACCGGUCGUUGGAUUUUACAGGCUGAUCAGUAUGUGGCCUGGAACAAAUCUGAUGUCGCAUUCCUAUGGUUGAACGGCCAGCCCGGAAGUGGAAAAACCAUCCUUGCUUCCGCUGUCAUCGAAGAAAUUCUGGAUGGGGAGCAAACUACGCCCCAAACGCUUGCCUAUUUCUAUUGUGACUUCCGAGAUGAGCAAACGACAAUUGCAGCUACAGUCUUGCGCUCCUUAGUUGUUCAACUUCUGCGACAAUCUGAAGUCGACUGGAUCACCAAAUUACGCGAUCUAAACGAGGGAAAAUCAAAUACAGAAGCGGAUUUUAUUUCUCUGCAACAGUUAUGGAAGCAAUAUUGGGACGGAGAGUGGUGUCUCACAGAUCUUGGAUUUCUACGGAAGCUUCUUGUUGAAGCAUCUAGGCUUGUUUGCCGACCAGUUCUUGUGAUCGACGCCUUGGAUGAAUGCAAGGACCACCGCGACCUGGUAGGACACAUUGUCGAUAUUGUUCAAAAUGCUCGACUACGACUCUUCAUCACCGGUAGAAUCGAGUCCGACAUUAAGAAAGCUUUCGGCGGUCUUCCCACUUUGUCACUGAAGGACAAAGCAGAACAAAUGCAAGAAGAUAUACGCGUGCACAUCAUUGAGCAGCUCAUGGCUCAGGAGGCUUUGUCAUGCCUCUCCGGACAACUUAGAAUAUCGAUUUUGAAUAGAUUGUUAGAGAAGGCUAAGGGCAUGUUUCGCUUGGUCCAGUGUCAACUGGAUGAAAUCAUGGUUUGCCCAAGAGAUAUCGAUAUCAAGAGAGCCCUCGAUAACCUUCCAGAAGGACUAUACGAAACCUAUGAUAGGAUCAUUCGUGCCAUCGAACAAAGAGGGCGGGGUUAUGCCCAAAUCGCCCAAAACUGCUUGCUUUGGCUUGCUGGUGCACUCACCCCAUUGAGGCUUGAUCAGCUCAACGAAGCAAUGAUGAUUGAAGUUGGUAAGUCAAGUCUCAACCCGGACCUAGGCGCUAGAAACCCUAUGGAUAUCGUGGUGGCAUGUGGAAGCUUUGUGACCUAUGACGAGGCAACUGGUGUCGUUGCUCUGUCUCAUUAUAGCGUCAAGCAAUACUUGAUCUUGAUCAGUAGUCGCCCUUAUAACAUCCUAUCCAUCUCGUAUAUGCAUGCGCGUAUUUGCGAGUGUUUGAUUACAUAUUUGUUAUGCGACUUUGUGGAUGAGGUGUGCGUAGAAGAUGAAGCUUCUGAUUAUGAUGGAGAUUACGAUGAAGAUUAUGAUGAAGAUUGCGAUGAAGAUUACGAUGAAGAUUACGAUGAAGAUUACGAUGAAGGACCUGCUCGUUUUGCCGAUGGUAGCAAAGACCAUCCAUUGCUGAGCUAUGCUGGUCAAGCAUUAACACACCUUGGACAUGUUUCGGAUAAGGACCCUUGUGUUAUGGCCGCCCUGUCACGGCUACAUUCGGAGCUUCUUCGAAGCACACAUAGAAAAGCUUCACCCUCGCUUUUAUUCAUCCCUCUCGAGCUCGGAAAGCUAUGGAUGGUCGAAUACCUCGUCAAGCAGCCGCAGCAACACUAUCUCCUGGACAUGAGUAUUGGCGAUGGUUGGGGUUCUCCCUUGAUCUUCGCCAUAGCCUCGAACCCUGACUUCCUCGGUAUUCUCCUGGAGCUGGGUGCCGAUCUCAACAAGCCUUCUGUCAUCAAUCCCUUGGUAUACAACCAAGAUCACAUUCCUUUCCGUUCCUAUGUUCCAAUUUCGUGGGCAGCUGCGAUUGGAAACGAAGUUGCCAUUGAUUUCUUGUUGUCACAAAGGGAGGUCAACCUACCUGAUGACAUUCUGCAUAUGGUCGAUUUGUCCAACACGCUGUUUCCUGAGGUCUUUCGCAAAUUUUGUCAACGUGGCGCGGAUGUCAAUUUUACUGUCGAUGGUUCCACCCCUAUCCACUCUUUGCUCUCCCGAACGCCCGGGACAUUGGAGUCCUUCGAUGAAAACCAACGCCUACCAGUCAUAAAAGCCCUCGUUGAACCGUCAUAUGAUCUUUCGGUGCAGGAUUGGACUGCCAGAACAGUACUACACAUUGCUCUUGAUGAACGUCUGGAACAUAUUGUCACAUACCUGCUUGAGCAAAGAGCACGGCUAUCAGCAACUGCGACUCUCCAUCCAGACAUGUGGAGCUGGGCUAAGGAUGAAAAGUGGUUUUCCAAAAUUCAAGAAGCGGUUCCUCCUGUUGAUAGAACAUGCACGAGAAUUAAGGGGGAGGUCAUUUCUGCCACUGAGAAAUCCCAACUCGUCGAGUUUCCGGGUGCGGUCACUGCUACUUGUGAAGAACUCAAUCCAGUUCGCGCUAUCGUUGUUUCUGCGAUAGUCAAUGAGAAGGGGUCAAUCUCCAGCAAGGGGAGGUUCCUUGUGCUACAGUUCGACCUUUCACGCCGCAGCCCGUCUCUUGAAAGCAAAACCCCAGAAUCGUCGAAAGAGGAAGAAUCAUCGAAAGAGGAAGAAUUCAAAAGAUUCGAGUUCCAAUUUACAUGGCAAGGUUGGCAGCGUGUCUCUAGUCGCUUGUUUGAUUAUCAUCAAGGAGACAAAGUCACCGACAUGCUACGGCAGUUAACCGAAGAUAACGACUCGACUGAGACCUCCCUUUUUCUUCAGAUGUCCGGGGACACGUGGAACACCCAGGGUGUCUCUGAACUUGGGGUCGAGUGCAUGCUCGACGUCUUUAGAGGUCCUUUGCAUCAGUUUUGACGUAUGUGAUAUUCGGUGUUCUCAUCUUUAUGUGCAGGAUACUCUACUAUACCAUACAGUACUUAUUCAUCUGCUAUCAUGUUAGCGCAUUCUUUUGGUCUCCUACAGUGCAACUACAUCUGAAAAUGUAUGUAAACCCUAGUCCCCGCCAUUAUUGACUGUCUUCCUUCUUCUACAUGUCUGGCUAGGGGAGGCUACUAUUCAAGUUCACAUACUGUAUCAUUCAAAUUAUUAUACUAUCACUUGCAUUAACGCUACUGAAAUGCGAAAAGGUGACGAGACAAACAGAAGCAAAUCUGCGUAGAUGUCAGAAUGCAUGUAGACGAAAACAUAGCGAUAACGAGUGCAUAACUUAUAUUGACAAGGAGCAAUAUGAAGGCAUGGCGG